AUAGGAUGUUUGGACAGAUGCAAAACACAGAGGAAUCAAUGAUGCAGAAGCCAAGGAAGCAUCCCUAUCAUUGCCAACGUACGUGGACAUGCAAAGAUAACCCCAAAUGUCCCAAAUGGCAUCAGACUGCUCUGAAACUGACCAGCGUUGCCAUGGUUACACUUGUUGCCACAGUGAUAGGACUAACUAUCUGGGGAUUUCUUACAGAGCAAUAUACAAGAUGGAAUUUACUUUUGGAUUGGAUUGAACAUUUCUCAUCCACAAAAGACGUGGACCUGGCUGGAUGGCACCCCAUUAAAUCUACAAUUGUCACCAGUGAAAUGUCAUUUGCAAGAAAAUACUUCUGUGACUAUUCUCCACUCAAGGCUAAAUUAUAAGGAUUUAAUAUAUAUUUUCAUAUUUCCCUGUGCUGAUCUUAAUCUUAACAUUUAGAACCUUUUUUUUUCCUAAACCAUUGUUUAAUUAUUCACAUUUCUUCAUGUACUGUAAACUCUGUAAAGUGAAUGAUCCUCAUCAUUGUGCAAACAAGAUGCCUGAUUCGUAAUGGUAGAUAAGUACUUUUUAUGUUGUCAACUAUGUAUUUGCGACAUGUUCCCCAGCAUCAUUUUUACUAGUUAGGUAGAGCUUCCCCUAGUCUUGAUAAACAAA